AUGCUGGGUCGCUUGGCUUUCAUUGUCCAGGUGGAGGUCUGUUCUGAGGAAUGGGCAUCAAUGACCCUCACUGCUAACUUGGACAACAGAGUGAAGAAGAUCACUGAAUAUGUCCGGGCUCAGACCAACGUUCCUGUGCAGGACCAGGUCCUUCUGCUGGGAUCCAAGACUCUCAAGCCCCAGAGAAAGCUGUCAUCUUAUGGCAUCGACAGGCAGACGACCAUCCACCUCACUCUAAAGGUGGUGAAGCCCAGUGACGAGUAGCUGUCCCUGUUUCUGGUGGAGAUUGGUGAUGAGGGCCAGAGGCACCUCCUCCAGGUGCGAAGGUUCAGUUUGGUGGCCCAGGUGAGACGGAUGAUUGAGAGCAAGAUGGCUGUAGUGCUGCCUGAGAAACAGACUAUGGUUUGCAAUGGCAAGAAGCUGGAAGACGGGAAGACCAUGGGGGAGUAUGGCAUCAAAAGGGGCAGUUUAGGGGUAGAGUCUACGAUUUCCCGGGUCAAUUUGGGGGCCUCCCUGACGCCAGACAGCGUGGGGUCUUUUCAUGGUGUGCCGUCCGAGUGGGAGCGGGUGGAUGUGACCCGUCCGGUGAUACCUGACCCUGGGGCUCAGGAUCGCCCCGCCCCGUCCGACCUUGGGCACUUGCAGGUUCGAACACGGAACCCGCAGACCGCCUUCCCGGUGGCCAUCCCCACCCCCGGGCCCGCCCCCUCCCCAGACUCCCCAGGGCUUCCUCGCCGCCCCCUCACUUCCUCCUUCCCCAGCGUGGACACUAGCGGGUUGAGGGCCGGCUGGACCGCCCGGUAG